AUGUCAUUCUGCACACCUUUGUCACGCAAUGCCGUCCAGUGCACAAAGCGAGUCGCCCUCCGCCUAACUCCAGCAUCUAAGGCCAUCUCCUUGUUUUCGCAAAGAUCUGCAUUUUCCUUGUUGUACAGACGCCAGUAUCAUAACGCACCCAUGCUCGGAAGGGCGGCCGUUGGUGUUCCAUGCAUUAGAAAUGCAGCAAAUGUGGGCCGCAUCUUCCAGAGGCACUACAGCGUCAUCGAAGAAGAGGGUUCUGCACCUGUAAUCGAUUUCAACAAGAUGAAAACAAUCGUCAAGGAGGAAAAUCCCGGUUUUGUCGUGGUCGAUGUCCGGGAGCCGGACGAAUACAAGACGGGACACAUUCCAGGCGCCAUCAAUAUUCCUUGCAAGUCUUCUCCGGGUGCAUUUGGAUUGUCUCCCGAAGAAUUUAAGCUCACUUUUGGUUUUGCCAAGCCUGCAAAGGACAAGACGCUUGUUUUCUACUGCUUGGGAGGCAUCCGGUCCUCCAUAAGUGAGGAGUUGGCGGGAACGUGUGAAUACUCAAAACGGCUUAAUUACAAGGGCUCCUGGGAGGACUGGGUUGCCAAUAAGGGUGCAAUUGAGUACCCAAAGGAGGAGAAGGCGGCCGAAAAGGAGCCUGCUGAGCCUGAAAAGGCUGCUGAGAAGACAGAGCAAGAGCCAAAGAAGGAGUAA